GAUGGCUACAGUGUGACUGCGCCGGAAGUAGCGCGCGGCCGGACAACUUAUGGCGGCGGCCGUAGCAGCUGCUUGGGCGCGGUGCGGUGGUGAUUGAGCUACGAGCCUGGCGGCGGCUGUGCGCCAAGCCCCGGCCCGGCCCGGCCCCCGCGUGCCUCCCAGGCUCCGCACCCCUGAUGCUGCGCGGGUGCUGAGCCCGCUCCGGCCGGGACGAUGGUGAAGUAUUUCCUGGGCCAGAGCGUGCUCCGGAGUUCCUGGGACCAAGUGUUCGCCGCCUUCUGGCAGCGGUACCCGAAUCCCUAUAGCAAACAUGUCUUGACGGAAGACAUAGUACACCGGGAGGUGACCCCUGACCAGAAAUUGCUGUCCCGGCGACUCCUGACCAAGACCAACAGGAUGCCCCGCUGGGCCGAGCGACUGUUUCCUGCCAAUGUUGCUCACUCGGUGUACAUCCUGGAGGACUCUAUUGUGGACCCACAGAAUCAGACCAUGACCACCUUCACCUGGAACAUCAACCACGCCCGGCUGAUGGUGGUGGAGGAACGAUGUGUUUACUGUGUGAACUCUGACAACAGUGGCUGGACCGAAAUCCGCCGGGAAGCCUGGGUCUCCUCUAGCUUAUUUGGUGUCUCCAGAGCUGUCCAGGAAUUUGGUCUUGCCCGAUUCAAAAGCAAUGUGACCAAGACUAUGAAGGGUUUUGAAUAUAUCUUGGCGAAGCUACAAGGCGAGGCCCCUUCCAAAACACUUGUUGAGACAGCCAAGGAAGCCAAGGAGAAGGCAAAGGAGACGGCACUGGCAGCUACAGAGAAGGCCAAGGACCUUGCCAGCAAGGCAGCCACCAAGAAGCAGCAGCAGCAGCAGCAGUUUGUGUAGCCAGCCCACCACCACCACAGCACCCCAGACAGCUAGGCUUAGUCCCUCUGCCCUCCCUCCGUUGUACUUUAUCAUUCAAAAUCAACUUCCAGCCCUAUCUGCUGUCUGGGUGGUGGGUUGUGGGGAGGCAGUUUGGCAUCUGCAGGACACCAAGGCAUGUGAUUCACAUCUGUGCCAGGUCUGCUUAUUCUCCCAUGGGGCAGCUGAGGACCGAGGCACAGAGGUGCGGUGACUUGCCCGGGGCUCCAGGUAGCCUGCAGGUUAACUGGCGGUAAAUGCUAGACUGUAAGCCCCAUGAGGGCAGGGCUUUUGGUUUUGUUCUUUGAAGUGUCUCAGUAUCUAGCACGUAAUAGACACUCAAUAAAUACUUAUUGAAUUCA